UGGUGAUGUCUGUCGGUGUCGCCCGAUCUCGUCGUAUUUCCUACGGCUUUUUGUUGUGUUUUGGACAGUACAGUUCGCGUUGCCGCGUCUCGUCAACUCAUAGUCAAUCGAAACAGGCGUUUCUAACAAAUAUCAAACGCGUACUUUCGUUCUGUUCACCACAGGCUGGUGUGAAAAUCAGUGGUGUAAGCUUGAGAGAUGACGUUGGCAGACGUUCUCUGUCUGGUAGCGGAUCUACUGGAAGCGGAAAGUCUGGCGUCACGCAGUUUUGCUGCCCAAAAUGUGGAGCUCCGUUUGACACUGGACCAUCAUUUGUUGUUUCAUCACGUUUCAUUCGUUGCGCACGCUGCAGCCAUUUCUUUGUGUGGCAAUUUGGAGAAGAGAUGACAGAACCCAGCAAGACAGUGAAGGAGGGUAACAACACACAGCAAGCACAUCAACAAAGAUUCGAUUCAAACCGACCACUGCCACCGCCCAAGAAGAUUUAUGAGUAUCUCAAUCAGCAUGUGAUUGGUCAAGACUAUGCUAAGAAAGUGUUAUCAGUAGCUGUGUAUAAUCACUACAAGAGGAUUAAUGUGAAGAAACAGUCAACCAGUAAAUGGCAGCAGCAAGGCUUGAAGAUGAGUCAACACAAUCACCCAUCCUCAUCAUCAUCGUCACAUAUUUGGAAUAGUGGAAUAGCUGGAUUAAAUUCGUUGAUGGCCAUUCAUCCACAUUUUGGAUCUUCUGCUGGUGGGCGACCUGCAGCUCCAAUAGCACAAACAGAAAGUGUGACUGAGACAAGCCAGAAGGACAGCCAACCUGCAGACAAGAAACAAACAUUGAAAGUGAAGGUUGAUAAGAGUAAUGUACUUCUUCUAGGACCUACAGGAUCAGGAAAAACUCUUCUUGCUGAGUCACUUGCUCACUUCUUGGAUGUUCCUCUUGCUAUUUGUGACUGUACGACUCUAACUCAAGCUGGUUAUGUUGGAGAUGACAUUGAGUCUGUUAUAGUCAAACUCAUGCAGAAGUCGCAGUUUAAUGCAGAGAUAGCACAAAGAGGAAUUGUAUUUUUGGAUGAAGUGGAUAAAAUUAGUAGCUUGCCUGGCUAUCGUAUGAGAGACGUAGGAGGAGAGGGAGUGCAGCAGGGUUUGCUGAAACUGUUAGAAGGUACGUUAGUGAGCAUUCCUGAAAGAAAUGACAGACGAGGCUUGAAAUCAGAGCAAAUACAAAUAGACACAACAAACAUAUUAUUUAUUGCUUCUGGUGCUUUUACUGGUCUUGACAAGAUUAUCAGCAGACGGAAAACUAAGAAGAAUGUGGGUUUUGGAGCAAAGGCAACUCCUCAAACUGAUAUGGUUGCCGAAGGGUUUUUUUUGUCCGAUCCAUUUCAUUUGUUGCAUUUGCAAUCAGAAGAAGGAUGUAAAGCUGAAUUGAUCGAGAAAGACAGUCUUCUGCAAGGAGUUGAGUCAGAGGAUCUUAUUGAGUUUGGACUUAUUCCUGAGUUUGUGGGUCGCUUUCCUGUCAUUGUCAGUCUCAGUUCACUGGACGAGGACACUCUGGUGACAAUACUGACUGAGCCAGCAAAUGCACUUAUUCCUCAAUUUCAAAGUCUUUUAGCUAUGGAUAAGGUUGAACUUCACUUUACUGAUGACGCAUUGAGGGAAAUAGCUCGACAAGCACUCGAGAAACAAACAGGAGCUCGAGGUCUUCGGGCCAUCUUGGAACGUUUGCUAUUAGAGCCAAUGUUUGAUGUCCCUGGAUCAGACAUCUGUGCUGUACAUAUUGAUGAUGAAGUGGUACGAGGAGACAAGAGCUCUCAUUAUGUCUACAAUAGCAAGGCUCUAGAUGAGCAGGAAGUUAGUGAGGAAAACAUGGAAACAGAAGUAGAUAGAAGCAUCAACAUGUCAGCGUUAUAAAGAAAGUGUACAAACCUGCGCGAAAACAGUGUGUCUAUUUAGUGGAAAUUUGUAUUGACAGAA